CCGAUGGAGAAAAGCAGGAUCUCCAUUCGACGUGGGCUUGGGUCCUCAUUCUGCCUCCUCCUGGCUGUGGGGUAUCUCUGAACCCCCAUGGUUCUCCAGAAUGGGGGUGGUGACAGCGAUAAUAGUGGGCAAAAGUUAAAGGCGGUGGCUCUCAGCUGGGUGGAUUGUGUCCCCCGCACGACAUCUGGCAAUGACAGGAGAUGUUGUUUUAGUGAUCACAAGGAGGGAAGGGAGAUGCUACUGGCAUCUAGUGGGUGGAGGCCAGGGAUGCCGCUUAGCAUUGUACACUGUGCAGGACAGCCGUCACACCCCAGCGCACAGAAUGAUCCGGCCCCAGAUGGCAAUAGGGCCAGGACUGAGAACUCUAGGUUAAAGAAAUGCGGCCCAGGAAAUCUGGGCAUAUAGUAGGUCUUCAGGAUCCUAAAGGAACUGAUGGGCGUUGGGGAGUCAGGCCUGAUAGGCUGUCGCACCUCUGUCUUCCCCCUUAUAUCCCCAGCAGCUGGUGGCUGCAUCCCAGGUUAAGGGGUUGAGACCAGCUCUGCUUUCCAUGGGCACCAGAAGGAAGCAGCCUCUUGGUUUGAACUGUCAACAGUAGGCAGGAUCCUCAGUGAUUAAAAGCUAGAAGGUAGCGCUGUGCUGAGUGUCUUGCUUUCGUGAUCUCUCAGUGGCUCGAGGAGAGAGAAGCUUCUCCAUUUACAGAUGAAGAGGCUGUGAUUCUGACCUUCAUUCGCUCACCCAAGGUCACACAAGUCCACCUGUUUCCAGAGCCCAGCUGUCACCCACACCUCCAGGGAUGCAAGGAGGUUGGGUUUUGUGCCGACUUGAGAAUGUUAGCCAAAAACAAACAGCAAAAGAAAACCCUCUUGGUUAACAAUUUACCCCUUUGCCCUCAUUAUUUUAUUCAUUCAGCAAUCAUUAAAUACAGGUUCCCCUCCACUAUCCGAAAGCAGAGCGUUCCUCUGAAACCUUUCCUAAGCUGCAAUGGCAUAAAUUGAAGAAGCAAUUACCUGAGGACACAUCUUGCUCGCAGAUGCACAGAAGAAAUGGAGAUAAAGCACAGAUGCUGUCAGACACAGUUCAAAGCUUCGGCCAUUUGAUGCUGAGAUACUGAGUGUGGUUCCCACGGAAGGCACUUGGUGGCGCCACUCGCUGCUUGGGGCUCACCUCGCCACUGUCAUGGCUCGUUAUAAAGUGAACACAACGUGAUUUUUGCUUUUCACCCUUUUUUUGUAAAAGCAGAAAUUCUCUGGAUUUCUUUCCGUUAAAAAAAAAACAGGUACUAAUGUAGGUCUUUCAUUAAAGCAAAGUAGCUUAAGGAAAACUUUCGAAAAGCCAGGAAAUUCUGGUAGCUAUCACAGGCAAAAUUAUACUUUGUUAAGCACACACACAAAAUGCGUGGAUCUUUUUUUUGGUCAUAAAUAAAGGGACUAUCAUGAUCAUCUUUAUUUCUAUUUAGGCUAAGAGCUGGGCCCUGGAGGAGGCCAACCCCUUCUCCUCUGCUGUGUGACCCUGGGUGAGUGACUCCACAUCUCUGAUCUGUUUCCCCCUCUAUAAAGUGGAGAUCAUAAUUCCUCCCCUAAAGAGAGCUGCGUGAGGAUUGAACAUACUGCUCGUGAAGCUGGCCCAGUGCCGUGCACAUAGUAGGUCUUCAAUAAAUGGUCACUGUUAUUUGUCAAUGUAUAAUGAAAUGUGUAACGAAAAUGAAUCUUUGUAUAACGAAUCUUCUGUAUAACGAAAAUGAAUCUUUGUUGGGUCUGUUACCACAUCUCGUGGAAAUGUUUGGGUGGAUUUACACGCAACUUGGAGGGUAUGUUCAGGGUGAUCUGACUUAAAAUUUAGGCCACAUGGCACAUGGGGAAAUUGAGAGAUUCUGGGACCCCUCACUUUAAGACCUGGAGCCUUUCCAAGGACGUCAUGCACCUCAAUAGGAAGAUGGUGGAACUGAGAAGCCAAAGGAAGGAAGUUGAAGACACUGAGAUCUUUACACCCCGAUGCCCCCUGCCUGGGGCUGCCGGGCUUCCCACAAAGCUGAUGCAGUCCGUCUGCCCCCAGGAAGUCAUCAGAGGCCACGGCUGAGGAUACAGAGGCAUGGGGGCCUCCCUGGGCCUGCUAUUGGGGUGAAGUGGCCCGCACAGAAUCAGGUGGACAGGGCGCUGCCUCAGCAAGCCAGGAUGUGCUGGGCUGUCAGAAAACGCCCAUAAAUAGGACGGUCCCUGCAGAAGCAGACUGAGUCUGCAGACAGCAUUGGCCCCUCUGUUCUCAAGGCGACUGCAACAGGUUCAUUCUGGGUAUGCGGGGAGAGAGAGGCAGGCCCGGACCUUGGUGGUCUCCGGGGGGCGUGCACAGCUGGCCCCCUGCACCAACCGGGGAUCCACGUGAGGGCUGGAGCCGAGAGGGAGGAACCAGGACAGCGACCAAGCCAGCUGGUGUCUGAGGGGGUGCGCAGGGUCGAGCCCUUGGCUGUGAGCUUAGGGCAGGGGACCUACAAAGACUGAGCACCGCUGAGGAAGCGGAAUGGGCAAACUGGGGGCCUGCCACAUCUGCUGAGAAUCCUCUGUGAGCUGGACCUCCAUGAGCUGGACCAGGCCCUGUUUCCUGCUGAGGCUGGACACAGGCAGACAGACAGCCCGCAGGCUACGCAUCCCUGGGCUUGUGUCCUGAGUAUAUGGGCCACGCAGCCCAUCUACUUCCAGGAAUGUGGGGUGUAGCUGAGGCCACUGUGGAUGUCUGAAAUGGGCAUGUGUGUGUGCAAGAAAGAGAGAGGGGCUGUGUUUGUGCAACAGGUGGGAAGUGACCGUGUACAAUGACCACGGGAGCUUGUGUGUGUGUGCACCUGUGCGUGUGCUGAUAAGCAGGAAAACAGUCCUAUGUGUCUGUGUGUGCGGCAUCAAGAGAAUCCUUCCAUGUGACUAAUGCAGGCCCAGGGGUGUGUGGCACAGUCCCUAGGGAUGCAGGGGAGCUAUCUGUCUGUCUGUUUGUGUCUGUGUCUCUUUAAGUGGCUGGAACAAAGUGCUCCAUAAAUGCAUAUGAAACGAAUAAGUGAAUGCAGAGAAACUGGACUGGAGCCGGUGUCCCAGGACCUGGUCCGGCAUCAUGCUUUCUCUAGAUGUCUGUCUGUCUGUCCAUCUCCCACCAGUCUGUGGUCUCUUCCUCUCCAUCAUCCAGCACAGGGCCAGGCACCAACUGGGUUCUCACGGAAUCUUUGGCAAGUGAAGGAGUCAGUGAACAAAAAACUAUACUGCUUGGGGUGCAGAGGCGGGAGAGAUUCCUGUAGAGGAAACCCAGGCAACGCCCACCCUCUGAGCAGGGUCUGGAGGUGCUGUGUCCGCACAGAGCUCCGGGUGUGGGGGAAGGGCACGCGCUUUGGAGCCCAGUCCCAGCCCCACCUCACUGGGCCUUGGGAUUACCCUCUGUAAAAUGGGGAUCCUGACCCCCCUGACUGUCCCGGUCCCUGUGGUCCAUAGUAGAUACUAAGGGGAUGUUUGCUGAAUGACUGAGUGACCACAUGUAGGCUGUGAGCAAUGACCACAUCUCAGAGGCAGCCAAGUUCUAUAGCUCAGCCUCGACUCCAAUCACGUCAACACCUGAUUUUGCCCGGGUGCACCUGGUGACUCUUUUGCCUUUGACUGAAGCCACAGGUGUUCCUGGGGCAAUGGCGGAGCAGCACAGCGCGCCGGAACAGGCUGCCGCCGGCAAGAGCCACGGAGGCCUCGGGGGCGCCUACAAGGUACCGGGCAGGGAGGGGGUCCCGGGGGCUCUGGGCCCAGGGCCGCUCUUGGUCCUCGGGGUCAGCCUCCUGGCCAGGCAGCCUCUCUCCAGAAAGGAGCCGCAGCCCUUCUGGCCAGCUUGGACCAUGAGGACAUGUCCCCGCCCUGCGAUAAAUUCACUUCAUGGCUCUGCCCCAUCGUUCCUCUUCUGUGUCCUUGUCUGCAAAAUGGAACUGGUCACGCGCACCCUGCCAGUCUCAAUGCGGGUUUUGGGAGACGCGGCACUGACUCUCCUGCCCGACCUUGGCCCAGUCCCCAGCCCUCUCUGGGCCUCAACGGCCCCAUCUUUAAAGUGGGGAUGGUACCUACACUUCUCAGUGUGAGAGCUCAAUGCGUGUGCCAGUACCAUGGCCAGCUAGCGGAGGAAUCUGAGAGCUGGGAUUUGUUGGCUCUGUCUUUUUUUUUUUUUUUUUUUUUUUUAGUUUUUGGCCGUGCUGCGUGGCAUGUGGGAUCUUAGCUCCUUGACCAGGGAUCGAACCCGCGCCCCCUGCAUUGGAAGCGCGGAGUCUUAACCACUGGACCGCCAGGGAAGUCCCGGCUCUGUCCUUUCUAAGCUAUCCCGGGGGCUUUAAUUUGAGAUGGGGUCCAGGAAUGAAUUGACUAAGGAGAUAACUGGGGGCUUUAACCAGAAGGGUGCACACCGGGAGGGGAAGAGCAGCAAAGAGGCCUGCCUGGCUCUGGGCCUGAUUCGUGGGUGAAUCAGCCUUGCCCUGUGGACCCCCAGCUUCCCCCUGGGGAGAGCUGCCCAGAGGCAGCUGCCCACCAGAGAAGAGGGUAUCACUGCCGGCCCUUCCUGGCUCCUUUUGGCAUUUGGCUUUCCCCUGACCACUCCAGUGCUCGGGAGAAAAGAGCCCGCUGGCUUAUUGAGUCCAUGCCUCCACUUAACUUGCUGUGCAGCCCAGGACGUUUUCUGAGCCUCCCUUGACCCUUGUAUAAAAUGACCAGAGCCAAUGCUCCCCAGGGACCUGCUACGAAGAUAGUUUGUGCUUCUAGGCGGGUGAAAGAGGCAAAACCUUCCUCUGCCUUUGCAACCACUUCCUCUGGGGACAGGUGAAGUUCAACUGUUGCAAACUGGAGUUUUAUCUGUCCUGCACGAGGCUUUUUAAAUGGAGAAAUUUCACAUUAAGGAAAUUACAGACUUCUGGCUUCUCUUGAAAAGCUUAGAAGGGGGCCCACAGUCCCUCCUAUCCACAGCGGCUUCAUUGCCCUACAGUAACCCUCUGGUUAUUUUGGUCAUUUUGCUUUACUUGAUUUUGCACUGCCUCCGGCCAGAUACCAGAAUUGCAAUCCCUGGAUUAAUGGGGGUUCCUGGAGGUGUUCCCCUCCAUGGCCACCAGGGGGCAGGGCAGACCUGUGGCGGUGCCGGCUUCAGGCCUGUACCAGGCAGAGCUGAGGGAGCGGAUGGCAGUACCUCCCUCCAAGGCCCUAAAGAGGGCCUGGCAGGACACAGGCUGGGGCUGGGAACCCUGCCCCGGUGGGAUGCUCAGGAGGCUGCCCUUCCAGGUGAUCGUGUACGAAAUGGAGAACUUCCAGGGCAAGCGGUGCGAGCUCUCGGCCGAGUGCCCCAACCUGACAGAAAGCCUGCUGGAGAAGGUGGGCUCCAUCCAAGUGGAGUCGGGGCCGUGGCUGGCAUUUGAGCGCAGGGCCUUCCGCGGGGAGCAGUAUGUCCUGGAGAAGGGGGAUUAUCCUCGCUGGGACGCGUGGUCCAACAGCCACCGCGGUGACAGCCUCCUGUCCCUCCGGCCUCUGCAAAUUGAUGGUCCGGAUCACAAGCUGCAUCUCUUUGAGAACCCGGCUUUCGGCGGCCGCAAGAUGGAGAUAGUGGACGAUGACGUGCCCAGCCUCUGGGCUCACGGCUUCCAGGACCGUGUGGCGAGCGUCCGGGCCAUCAACGGGACGUGGGUUGGCUACGAGUUCCCCGGCUACCGCGGCCGCCAGUACGUGUUCGAGCGGGGUGAGUACCGCCACUGGAACGAGUGGGACGCCAACCAGCCCCAGCUGCAGUCUGUGCGCCGUAUCCGCGACCAGAAGUGGCACAAGCGGGGCUGCUUCCUCAGCAGCUGAAGGGCGCCCAGGCCCCAGUGGCCCAGGCCCACCCUGGGGGGCAGCAAGGGCAAGAAGAGGCGGCUCCAGGGCCGGGGUGAGGGCCUGCCUGGCCACCCUUCCCCGGAAUCUGCUCAAUAAAGCCUGGGGCCGGUCCCCCACCUGCCA